AUGAAUCCCGGCCCCGCUCCAAGACCACCGACCAGUCAACAACCACGUCUCAACCUUACUCCUAGCACUAAUUAUCCAGGAAGCAUGACGAACGUUUCGUCACCUAUUACGCGCACCGCGACUUCUACAUAUACCGGGUCUACCAUCUCUUUACCAUUGGCUCGUGAGCGAUCGAACCAGGCAGAUGGCAUGGGAGGCGUCGCGGUUAUAAAAGAGGGUUGGGCGCAGGUCAAAGAGAGUAGGAACUUUAUCCAGCCAUGGAAGCAAAAAUACCUUAUCUUGCGCAAAGAAGCUCUCGACUUUCACAAGACCGAGGGUGGCAAGGUUUCUUAUACUCUUUAUCUGAAGGAUGUUGUCAAUGUUGGCCGAGUCGAGGCUGCCGGUACCAUCUUCGAGAUCAAGAGACACGCGCAAGGGACUUCCAACAGUCCUGGCGAUGACGAUGGCACCAUUAGAACCUUAAAUAUUAGGGUUAAAAGUGAUGAUGAUCUCUACGAUUGGAUUGACCUUUUAUAUGGCCGGUGUCCGACAAUGGGUGGAGUAAGCAAUCCGACCAACUUUUCUCAUGCGGUUCACGUCGGUUUCGAUCCGCAGACGGGUCAAUUUGUAGGAUUGCCGCCAGAAUGGUCGAAGUUGCUGAACUCUUCCGCAAUUACCAAAGAAGAUUAUGAACGAAAUCCUCAAGCCGUUUUCGAGGUUUUGGACUUCUACUCUGAUCUCACUAAGAGAGCAGAGAAUCCUCAGCAGUUCCCAAGUCUUACCCCAACGCCUCCUCCUGGUAGUCAGCAGAACAUGCAGCUGGGAUAUGGCGGCGGCGGUACUUCUGUCGCGCCCCCACGGCCGAUGCCACCCGCGCAGCGCAGCUACAGUAAUGGACCGUCGCAGCAACCCACUACUAUUCCGAUACGACCAAAUCCCCCAGACAUGUCUCAGCAGCGGCAGCCAGCACAAAACGUAGGCGGUAGUUAUGGUCAGUCACCGGAUGCGGCGCGCGAAGAACAGCGCCAGAAGCAGCUUGAGCUCCAGAGGCAGCGCGAGAUCGAGGAACAAAACCGACGGGACCUAGAGGCUUAUAAUGCUUCUAUCCCACAGAAAAAGUUGCCUAUGGCCCAGCAAGAGCUUGGCGGAUACGGCGGCGGAUCUUCCGGUUCAGCAGACCGUUACAAUCCUACCCGAGCGGCGCCCCCUGCUCCCAAACUAGCCAACCAGCAAGUUGGCGGUCUUCGCGCUCAACGGCCUGCUCCACCAGCGCCUAGCGCCUCGGCACCCUCGACUGCUAACAGGCCUGCAUUGACUUCUCAAACAAGCUCGAGCCCCGUCCAAACCUCGCAAUCUAGCCAAACACAACGUAUACCGCCGCGAAACGACCAGCCUUCAACAGCCCCUCGAUACCCGAAUAAUGGCCAGGUUCAGAACCAGGCACAGGCACGUUUGCCUGCUACUGUUAAGCCUCUAAAUGUCCCAGCCAAGCCUAGCCAAGCCCAGCAAAAUGACGGUGUCAAGGCUGCAGAGGCUGCGUUAACAGCUAAGCCCACGGCGGCAGAGAGGAAGCAGGAUGUUCGCAUGUCUACUAUGUCCGAAAAGGAGGUCAUGCAAAGGCUAAUUGAAGUCGUCUCGAAAGAUGACCCUAACCUGUCGUACUCCAAACAGAAGAAGAUUGGACAGGGUGCUUCGGGCUCAGUUUAUGUGGCAAAGGUCAAGGAGGGCGCUGUUUCUGGGGUUGCUAGAGAAGUCCUUCGUUCUCAGGGAGCCAGAGCUCAGGUUGCUAUUAAGCAGAUGGAUUUGGCACACCAGCCACGCAAGGAGCUCAUCGUCAACGAAAUUAUGGUCAUGAAGGACAGCAAACACCGAAACAUUGUCAAUUUCCUUGAUGCUUUCUUACGGAACAACAACGCCGAAUUAUGGGUCGUCAUGGAGUACAUGGAGGGUGGUGCUUUGACGGAUGUCAUCGAUAACAACCCAGUCAUUACUGAGGAACAGAUCUCGACAAUUUGCCUCGAGACUUGCUCUGGAUUACAACAUCUGCACUCUCAGAACAUUAUCCACCGUGAUAUCAAGAGUGACAACGUCCUUCUAGAUGCUCGCGGAAACGUGAAGAUUACUGAUUUUGGUUUCUGCGCCAAGCUCACCGAGACAAAAUCCAAACGAGCAACCAUGGUCGGAACUCCUUAUUGGAUGGCUCCCGAAGUCGUCAAGCAAAAGGAGUACGGGCCGAAGGUCGAUAUCUGGUCACUAGGUAUCAUGGCAAUCGAGAUGAUCGAGUCUGAACCUCCAUAUCUUAACGAAGAGCCUCUGAAGGCUCUCUACCUUAUUGCAACCAACGGUACACCACGCCUAAAGAAGCCAGAGAAGCUCAGCAAGGAGCUGAAAGCCUUCCUGUCUGUCUGUUUGUGCGUGGACGUCAAGAGUCGUGCUUCGGCGGAUGAACUCCUGCAGCACGAUUUCCUGAAGCACGGUUGCCCGCUCGGGAGCCUCUCCGAAUUACUUGCAUUCCGAAAGCAUGCCAAAUAA